AUGAUACACUCAGUUUUAAUUUUUAACAAUGAUUGUCUUCCACGUUUGAUGAAAUUUUAUACACCAGUGGACAUUGAAACACAGGUGCUUCUACUACGUCAAGUUUAUCAGCUAGUGAACCAACGUCAACCAAACCAAUCCUCAUUUUUGACUCCUCCACCAUUAUUGGAGGGUAUUGAAGAUAUCAAAGUCAUAUAUAGACAUUAUGCCACAUUGUACUUUGUGUUCAUAGUGGAUGAUCAAGAAAGUGAACUAGGUAUAUUAGACUUGAUCCAGGUAUUCGUUCAAAGUUUGGACAAGUGUUUUGAAAAUGUUUGUGAAUUGGACCUAGUUUUUGGAUGGCAGGUGCUUCAGACAGUGCUUGAGGAAAUAGUGCAAGGUGGGCUGGUUAUUGAAACUAAUAUAUCCAAUAUAGUGAAGGUGAGUUGA